UCGAACUCUUAAAUCCAAUGGUUUCCGACUUAAUUUUCAAGUUUUCCUUGCUGAUCUAUAGAUUUUGUAGUUAUGCUGAAUUGCCACUUCUUCACCUGAUGUUCGUCUCACAAGCAACCUAAACCCUUCCGGGUCCAAUUGGUUUUGCUACUUAAGGCUUGUUAUUAUGCAUUAAUUGCAGGUGAAGGGUGAAGCCAAAGCGUUGUUUGUUACUUGAUCUAUGGAUCUUAAGUUCAGUUAUGUUCUCUUUCUCACCUGAUAUUGAUGUUGCAUGAACCACCAGGUUUGAUUGGCUUUGCUACUGAUAAUGUACUGGAGGUGAAAGCGUGAAGCUAGAGUUUAUUCAAAGUACAGACUAGAACGUGCUAGCAGUAGCUUUGCAUUUUGUUAUCACGUUGCCUGAUUAAUUAUUGUACACUUUAAAUUAACUAUCUUUUUGCCGGAAGAUACACUGACCAGGUAUGUUGUUCACUUGGUUCCUAUUUGUUCAGAUACAUCAAUUUGAGAUGCAGACCUACAAGUCAACCUUUAAUGUUCUAUCACUUAGAAGAUUAUUGUUGGACACUAGCAGUUCCUGGUUCGGAAUUGUAGAUCAUUUGGUCUAGCAUAUGGCAUUUAAAUACCAAGGCAUACCAUUAUCUUUGGUCUCCUAUGGUGGCUUUGCCGCCUUUUGUUUUGGUCUAUUGGUCUAAACUCUAAACAUUGUAAUGAAUGUACGUCUGUGUUGAAUCCUCUAGUGCAUAGGUCACGAGAGUUUGGUCUGCACCUUUAGAUAACCUGGUAGCACUUUUGCAAGAACAAAAUCUUGGAAGUUGGAAACCGGAGUCCCUUCUUCAGACAGAACGCAUAUCAAGUUUCCCCUUUCCAGAUCCUAACGCAGUAUUUAAGCCUAAAGUGACAAAACUAGCAUCCAGCAACCAUUACAGAACAGAUUCAUCACUUGCGAUUAAAUAAUAAGAAAACCGAGACUUACAAUGAGCAGGCUUCUUUAUCGAAAAAACAAUGAGCAGGCUUGGCAUCGAACUGACAUGUGUAAGCGAUCAGCGAAAUUGACAGGCUACUAGCUGAUUAACUUCCAUUAUGUAAAAGACCCUAGCCAAUUAGCUAUGUACAGAGCACAAGAAUCCUGCAUAAUUAGGCAGGGGUGUGGCACACAAGAAGAUGCUAAUUUGCAUUACGGAAAGCUAUUAUUCCUAGCCUAGCUGUCUCUGGACUUGAGCCGAAAGCAUAAGGGGGGAUGAUCCUUGGAGGGAAGUGCAAACCCAAAAGGGGUCAGAUUCUUGAAGGCUACCAUGGGGUAAAGCAAAUCCCAUCUCCAAGACUCCAAUGCUCUUCCCUGCUUCCAAGACAAGAGUUUCCUUGCCCUCUUCUAGCUGUUUCCCCCUUCUCAUCUUUCUCUCUUCACCACCUCAAAAUACAAGCAAGCCAUAUUUAAUGCAAGGCCUGGUGUGCCUUGGAGCUGUUGCUUCUCUACAAAUACAUUGUGUGCCAUGGACGGCGAUCUGAAGACGCGAAGGGUUCAGUUUUCUGGAGUAGGAAAGACAGACAAAGGUGCCAGGCAAUCUUCAACGAUACAGACGCAAGAAGACACAGCUUUUGGAAGAGCGCAAAUGAACAGCGACGAGGAAUACAGCGCUGCAUUUGCAGCCACAAUUGCUGCCGCAGCAUAUGCAAUCGCGGCACGAGAAGAGAAGCUAGAAGCUCAGAAGAAGCCCUUCCCCGUUGAUGUGCCGACUGCUGCGCCUCAUGUCCAGCCACCGAUCAAGAGAGGCGAAAGCACAAGAAAGCCUACAGGAGGCAGCAAGGUCUCAAGAUGGUUCAGUGCCAAAGAGACUGCAGAAGAUGACUACGACGGACCAGCCAAUGUAUCAGUAAGGAGGCCGCUGAAACCAGAACAGAGAAAGCCUGGAGGCACUGGCUCGGAUCAGAAGGUGCCACUGCCACUGCCACCAAAGAUGCUUGAUUCUUCUGUAAGUGCGAAGAAGCCUUCAGGUUCCUCCAGAAAAUCACCAGACAGGAGAGGGAGUAAGAGGUUUGAGCAGGAGCAGGCAAUUCAGAGGGCACCAUCAGCUGUCAGGCCAGCGACAUCAUAUCAGUCCAGACGGAACGACGAUGUCGCAGCUGGAGUAACUGCUAUUGCCGGCACACAAACCAAGGCUGAAGCAUGGGAGAAGGCAAAGCUUGCAAGAAUCAGGGAGGAGUACGACAAGAUGAUCGAGACCAUAUCUGAAUGGGAAACUGAGAAGAAGGUGAAGGCCAAGCGCCAAAAAGAACAAAAAGAGGUUGAGUUGGACAAGAAGAGAGCAAAAACACUGGCAGAAUACAAUCAGGAAAUGACAAGGAUCAACAAAAUUGCUGGAGGGGCAAGGUCAAUGGCAGAGGAAAGGAAAUAUGAUGAUGAGAAAAGGAUCAGAGAGAAGUCGAAGAAGAUACGAUCAACUGGAAAGUCUCCCCGUGGGUGCUGCUUUUGAAAUAUUACAUUCUACAAAAUUUGGAAAAUGAAGGGCAACGGCUUAAAUGCUACAUAAGUUUCACAAUAGCCAUUUAUUGUAUUGCAAAAAGUGAUUGGUUUGAUGAAUGGUAAGAGUGUAUAAUUGCAUCCGACAUGCAAUGGUAUUGUAUUGGGAGCAGCAUAAACAAGUUAUAAGGUUGUCUGGUUGUGGAUAAUCAAAAGUACAACAAAUGUGUGCAUAGAUCAUCAAUACAAAGCAGGUAUUGUAGGAAAAUA